AUGUCUAAAAGUUCUCGCGUCGCAAUUAUUGGUGCCGGUUCAGUAGGCGCAACGAUUGCCUUCGCUAUUCUACUACAGAAAAUUUCAUCGGAGAUUUUGUUGGUGGACAUUAACCAGGACGUCGUCACAGGACAAGUAAAAGACCUGAGUGAUGCGACUUUUGUGGCGAGUACGCAGAUUCGGGUGGGCACUUAUCAAGAGGCGGGGCAAUGUGACAUUGUGGUUAUUACUGCGGGGGCGAAACAGCAUCCGAAUGAGACAAGAGUUGAGUUAAUUGAAAGAAAUUAUGCUAUUUUGAAAAAUGUGAUUCAAGCCAUGAAACCUUUUAAUCAGAAUCUUAUCUUGUUGAUAGUCGCGAAUCCG